AAACAUUCUGCUUUUGCAUCCCAGGAAAACUUCUUCAAGAAAUACCCUGGGCUAGAGCAGUAAUUUAGCUGUCUCUGCUAAGACUAACAAUUUUAGUCUUAGCAGAGAAGAUUUUCCCACGACAGAGCUGGCUUUUCUUAGGUUAACUCGUGGUAUUUUAACUAGGUAGCAGACCAGAGGGUGGAGGAGUAAGGACAUACCUGCAGGUAGAAGUCUGAUGUGUAAUAAGAGCUCACUUUCAGGUUUUUUUCACAUAACAGGAUUGUGCCAGCCCCUUCUCCUUUUGCUCCAUGUAGUAAGUCCCAGAGCUUUCUGGUCCUUUCUGCAGGGACCCAGCUCAAUGCAACAGCUAAAGCUUUCACAGCAGCAGAGCUUAUACUCCCCUGAAAAUGAGCUCGGCUUUCCUGGCUCUGUGCAGGCAAGAGCGAGCUGGAGAUGGUGGACCACCUUGCAAACACGGAGAUCAACAGCCAGCGCAUUGCUGCUGUGGAAAACUGCUUUGGGGCUUCUGGCCAGCCCUUGGCCUUGCCGGGCAGGGUCCUUCUGGGAGAAGGGAUUUUAACCAAAGAAUGCCGCAAGAAACCAAAGCCUCGCAUAUUUUUCCUUUUCAACGACAUCCUCGUCUACGGCAGCAUAAUCAUCAACAAAAGGAAGUACAACUCCCAGCACAUCAUCCCCCUCGAAGAUGUCACUUUGGAGACGCUGCCAGACACCUUGCAGAUGAAGAACCGUUGGAUGAUUAAAACCUCCAAGAAGUCCUUUGUGGUGUCUGCAGCCUCGCUCACGGAGAGGAAGGAGUGGAUCAGCCAUCUGGAGGAGUGCAUCAAGCACCUGCUGACCAAGACGGGCCGGCAGCCGUGCAGGGAGCACGCGGCUCCCUGGAUCCCGGACAAGGCCACGGACAUCUGCAUGCGCUGCACGCACACCAAGUUCUCCACGCUCACCCGCAGGCACCACUGCCGCAAGUGCGGCUUCGUCGUGUGCGCAGACUGCUCCAGGCACCGGUUCCUGAUGCCCCGGCUGUCCCCCAAGCCCCUGAGGGUCUGCAACCUGUGCUACAGGCAGCUGCUGGCAGACGAGAAGAAGGAGGCGGAGGCGGAGCGGAGGCAGGCGGAGCCGAUCCGCUCCGCCAUCCAGGGCUACGAGCCCUCCAGCGGUGAUGACAGCGACAAGUCUGACGAUGACAAAGCUGAGCACUGGCCGGCAGACACGGAGUUUUAUACCUCAGAAGUAUCCUGGUCGUCUUUCCACAGCUGACCUGCCUGGGGGCUGGUGGUGUUCAGGCACUGGGAAGCCAACCUCUGGCCUCCAAUGCGUGUCCUUCUCGAUGCUUUCCCUGAAGGCCAUGCCUAGGAAGGUGGAUCUUGGCCCCUGUGUGUGGUGUCAGAGCAGAGGUGAGGUUACCCCUCUGAGAACAUCUCAUAUGAUGUGAGCACAGAGAGUUCAGCUCAGUGAAGAGCACUGAGGACUGGGACAGCACCCUGUAGAUCAGUCUUGGCCAAAUGAGCUCACCUUCGGUGCCUUAUUCUUCCUCUCUGCUAAAACACAGCAAUGUGAACUUCUUGUUUGAAAUGUUUUGAGAUUGGCUCUUGGGAGAAAAAGGAGCAAGAAAUCCCAGAGUUGAACACAUUUGCCUGCUCACAGUGUGUUCCUCUGUCAGGGCAAGGGCCACUCUGGAUGCCACUUUCCAUGAGCAGUCUGAGAUUCUCACUGCAAGCAUGCCAGCCUGAGGGAACUGUGCUCAUCCCUGCACGGUGGGGCCAGCACUGGCUCCUGUCUUCAUCUGCAUCUCUCAAGGUUGGAAACACUAAGAGAAUGGUACUUGGAGUGCAGGGAGCUUGUGGGAGGCUCAUUGUGAGCAGCCCUAGCAAAGCACUGGAGCAUCCUGCUCUCCCACAUGGAAAGAGGCCAUGCCAGUGGUACGGGGCCAGGAGGGGAAAGGAGAGGGGGAAAAAGAGACAGGGAAAAUUACACUGAGCAGUGAAACACAGAGGGAGGGAGGUACUGCAGUUCACUCCAUUAAGUGCAGAGCCCAGAUCUCAAACACAGGUAGUUAUACCAGAUUACUAGAAACUUGAAAAACUCAAGCCUGUCAGGUAAAAGGACUGCCCAGGGAAGACUUGUUAAAAGUCUUUAAAAAUCCAGAAAAAAGCCCCAAAUGAAGAUCCUGUGAAGUACAGUACUUCAACUUCCCCUUCCCUCGUGGGCUGCUGCCCAAGGCAUCGGAUUCUCACUUGUGGGCUCACCUCCUGCCUUAUCAGUCCCACGAGUCCAAAGUUAAGGUCCUUUAUGUACUUCAAGGAUGGGAGUCAAAGACUUUAUAGUUUACUUGAGAUCAACUUUAAAGUUCAAAUUCAGUUAGAAAUAAACUGUGUUUAUUCAAGUAUUCUAUCAUAAUGUAGCCCGGGAGUAAAUAUAGAGGAAAUCAGACAACAGCAAUUGUUUUGCAGCAGAUAUUUCUACAAACUCCGUUAUUACUUUUAGUAUAUUUUUGUAUUGUGUAUUUUGUGGUCUGGAAAAGAAACAUGGCUGGGAAUACACUGCCAAUGUUCUAAAAUGUUUCCUUACCAUGACCUAUUACAAGCCGUGCAUUGCUUUACAGAUGGCCAUGUGUUUUUUUUAAAUUUCAGUUCAAGAUAAUUAUUCUUACUGUAUUUAUAAACUGCUACUGUUCCAAUGAAUUUGUAUCAUUUGACUGUGUGUGAAUAAAGAUAUGGCCAACAGGAAGGAGCCAGGAAAACAGGACA